AAAGACAAAAUAACUUAGCAGGGAAGCCCUUACUAAGGGUAAGGUUACAACGUCCAGGUUCAGGUGAAUGAAAGAAACAAUUUGCUGACAGCAAAAGAGCAAAGCUGUCAUGAUGGGUUGCUGGAUUUUGAAUGAAAGUCUCUCCAUCAUAUUAGUACUCUCAUGGCUGGGAGUAAAUUUAUAUCUGUUUAUUGACACAUUCUGUUGGUACGAAGAGGAAGAGUCUUUCCUUUAUACACGAGUUAUUCUGGGUUCAACACUGGCUUGGGCUCGAGCAUCUGCAGUGUGCCUGAAUUUUAACUGCAUGCUAAUUCUGUUACCAAUCAGUCGAAACCUCCUUUCACUCAUGAGAGGGACAAGUAGUUGCUUCAGAGGACCAUGGAGGAGGCAAUUAGACAAAAACCUCAAAUUCCACAAACUGGUUGCCUAUGGGAUAGCCAUGAAUGCAACCAUCCACAUCUUGGCGCAUUUGUGUAACCUGGAGUACUACCACUGGAGCCAGUCGCCGGAAGCAGAGGGACUUGUAGCCGCACUUUCCAAACUUGGCAACGCCCCAGAUGAGACCUACCUCAACCCCAUCCGGACCUUCCACACAAACACAAUCACUGAGUUGCUAAGGACAGUCGCGGGUAUUACUGGCCUGUUGAUCUCUCUGGCUUUGAUCUUGAUCAUGACCUCUUCCACCGAGUUCAUCCGGCAGGCGUCCUAUGAGUUGUUCUGGUACACACACCACGUUUUUAUCAUCUUCUUUAUCGGUCUGGCUAUCCACGGGGCAGGUCGGAUUGUUCGAGGGCAAACCGCUGAGAGUCUUCUGCUACACAACGUCACCUUCUGUAGAGAACACCUCGCGGAGUGGCAGACAGCUGCCCGGUGCCCCGUGCCUCAAUUUUCUGGCAAGGAACCUUCGGCUUGGAAAUGGGUUUUAGGCCCUGUGGUCUUGUAUGCGUGUGAAAGAAUACUUAGGUUCUGGCGAUUUCAACAAGAAGUUGUCAUUACCAAGGUGGUAAGCCAUCCAUCUGGAGUGCUGGAACUUCACAUGAAAAAGCGUGACUUUAAAAUGGCACCGGGGCAGUACGUCUUGAUCCAGUGCCCGUCCAUAUCCUCGCUAGAGUGGCACCCCUUCACCCUCACCUCCGCUCCCCAGGAGGACUUCUUCAGUGUGCACAUCCGGGCAGCAGGAGACUGGACAGAAGCUUUAUGCAAGGCCUUUGGGGCAGACGGACAGGCCCUGAAGGAGCCCUGGAGCCUGCCAAGGCUGGCGGUGGACGGGCCGUUCGGAGCUGCACUGACAGAUGUGUUUCACUAUCCAGUGAGCAUGUGCAUUGCCACGGGAAUAGGGGUCACUCCCUUUGCCGCUCUUCUGAAAUCUAUCUGGUACCAAUGCUGUGAGUCACAAACCCAGUGGAAGCUGAACAAGGUGUACUUCUACUGGAUCUGCCGAGAUCCAGGAGCCUUUGAGUGGUUUGCCGAUCUCUUACUCUCGCUGGAAACAAGGAUGAGUGAGCAAGGGAAAACUCACUUCCUGAGUUAUCAUAUAUUUCUUACUGGCUGGGAUGAAAAUCAGGCCUUUCACAUAGCUUUACACUGGGAUGAAAAUACUGACGUGAUUACGGGAUUAAGGCAGAAAACCUUCUAUGGAAGACCGAACUGGAAUCACGAGUUCCGGCAGGUAGCCUACAGUCACCCCAGCAGUAACAUUGGAGUGUUCUUCUGUGGACCCAAAGCUCUCUCAAAGAUAAUUCAAAGAAUGUGCCGCUUAUAUUCAUCAGCUGACCCCAGGGGCAUUCAUUUUCAUUAUAACAGAGAAAGCUUCUAGACUUUGGAGGAAAACAAUCCACCUGUUGUGUAAGUGGCUGCAAUCAUAUAGGUCAAGCGUCGGGAAACUUCCCCCAUAAAGGGCCAAGUAAUAAUUAUUUCAGAUUCCGUGGACUACAUGGUCUCAGUGGCAACUACUCAACUCUGCCAUUACAAGCACCAAAGUAGCCCCAGGACCUCAACAAAUGGGCAUGGCUGUGUUCCAGCAAAAUUUUAUUUAUGGACACCGAAAUCAAAUUUCACAGUAGUUUCUUCUGUCAUGAAAUAUUCUUCUUUUGAUUCGUUUUCAACAAUUUAAAAAUGUGAAAGUCAUUCUUGGUUCAUGGGCUGUCCAAAAAACGGUGGGCCAGAUUUGGCCUGUAGGAGGUAGUUUGCUGAGCCCUGAUAUAGGUCAUCUUUCCCAAGCUUGUUUUCAUGCUUAACAAUAUGUCCAAGUGGAGACCAGCAUGGCUGCUUGGCUCGAAGCCUCCUUUAGAAGUCAUUUCAAAUUUCAUCUCCCUGAUGGCAGAGACAUCUGUCUUGUAUCCAAACCUGAUCUUUUCUGCUUUAAACUUAAGCUCCUUUGUGCUUUUUUUCAUCCUCUAUAGAUCUGAGAAAUCACCAAUGGAGGUUAUCUUUCACAAAAAUCCUUUCUAUACUUGAAAAUGAUAAUAAAAUCAUCCUUUACCUAUCCCUUUUCUAGUCCAAACAAUACUGAACUCUUAACUUUUCAGCCUAAGAUAUAUACCCUAGCACUUCAAUCAUUCUUGUUGCCCUUCUUCAAAUCCAUUUUCAUUUCUUCACAUCCUUUUAAAAUGUGUUGACUAAAAUGAGACAACGUUCUAAUCUAAGCAUGACUAGUAGUGGCUAGAAGUGUGAUUCUUUUUAGAGCUUGUGUGACGUAUGCUUUUCAAUACGACUAAAUUCUGUUUGCCUCUCCUUUUUUCCUUCCUUCUUUCCUUGAUUCCACAUUCUUUCUCACUCUCUUUUAACAAAUACUUUUCAUUACUAUCACAUUUUGAUCUAUGAUCAUCUUGACACUUACACCCCAACUCAACUUCUGCCCCACAAACAUACUGGGAUUUUUUUUUUUUUAUAUACUCACACUGAGCCAGUCUUUCCAUGCCAUGCAGCUCUUUUACCCCCAAAGUGUUCACAAAAUAAUCCUCAUAUCGUAUAGUUUUCUCUACUAUUAUCAAUUGUUUUUUUAGAACUUUUCUUUCUAAUAUUUCGAGAUUGUUUUCAAGUCUAGCACCAGUGACUAAUACUGGUAUUUAGCUCAGUAAUAUCUAUAGAUUUAAUUAGUGAUAUCUCAAACCUUUUGUUUAGAUGUUCAAGUUUAGAUUCUUUUGUUUAGAUUCAAGUGAUCAAAUCCAAAGAACUCCAUCAUGAAUUCUUGUAACUGCCUGUUAAUGUGAGCACCCACUUGGGAAUAUGUUAGUAAUAACUAGCCAUUGAGAAUGGAACGUCACCCUAUACUUUCUUAGCUUAACAAUAACAUGUCAUAUACAAUGAAACAAAAGCAUUUAUUGAAAUGAAAAUAGACUGUUUUACAAAUGCUUCUUAUCUUUGUAGACUGCCAUUUUUUCAUAGAACAGAAUUAAAUUGGUAUGACAUGAUUUGUUUUUACAAUGUUA